AUGUCAAUGUCUACUUUUCAAAAGAUUACUCUCGUAUCUUGUCUCGUGCUGUGUGUCGCUCUACUUCUUCCCAAAAUGCUUUUGUCCCGAGGAAAAAGAGACGUUGCGCAGCCAGAUGGGACACCUGGACAUUAUCCUCCAAUGGUCCAUAGACAGCCAGCUGGAGAAAACAGGCGAGGUGCUGGUAAGCAUUUUUCCAGGGCUCAUAACCCCGAAGCUAUUGCCAGAGCAAAAAGUGGAGGUACAGGAGCCGUGGCUGGUGGAAAGUCUAACCUUGCAGGGCAGAUCAUUCCAGUUUAUGGGUUUGGGAUCCUCCUCUACAUUCUGUACAUUCUUUUCAAGAUUACAUCCAAGGGGAAAAGUGCCAAACCCUCUGAGAGUCGUCUCUCCGCUUUGAGAUCAGAGAACAUGAAGAGAAAAAUCACGGAUUUUGAGCUUGCCCAGCUUCAGGAGAAGCUGAAGGAAACUGAAGAAGUAAUGGAGAGGAUUGUGUCCAAAUCCAACUACAGCCCUGAAAGGAUCAGAGGUGUGAGUGCAGACCAGGAGGAGAAGCUGUUGCUCCAGUUAAGGGAGAUAACAUGUAUGAUGAAGGAGGGCCGGUUGGUGGAGGAGAUCUCUCCAGAGACAGCUGAGGACUCUGCCUUUGCCCACGAUUGGGAAGACUACCCAGAGGAGCCACACCAGGAGUGGGAUCACCGCUGCUGUAGGCAUGGUCAUUUCCACCAGCCCAGUGAAGAGACAGAGACUGUGGAUGGGGGUGUUGAGCUGGAGGAUGGAGGAGAGUUGUCGUAUGAAACUGGAGGGGACGCAGGAGUGCCUGAUGAUGUAGGUCCUGGCAUUGAUGUUGAGGAUAAAGUGUCAGAUGAUGCUGUCAGUGGAGCUGAUCAAGUGGACUUUGAAGGUAAGAGGGAGGGUAGAUUAGAGGAUGAGGCUGUCUAUGAAGAGCAAGCACAAGGGUUCAAACACCAGGAUUUCCCUGAAGAUAUGCAAGAGGACAAGUACAACCUCAACUGGACAGAUUCAUGCUCUAGUGUGCUGAGACGGAGGAACAAGAAUGAAUCCGAGAUGACAAUGAAUUAA